UCAGAUGGCGCCACCAUCACAAAUUUAAAAAUAAAUCUUUACUUCACACGUAUCGAUUAAAUAAAUGUAGCAAACACGGCUGCAAUGCUAUUCUACGUAUUAAUUUCGUCUUUAAGUGCCGCUUUUGCUAAAGACGAGAAUGUUUUAAUGACGGAAGUUUUCGAAAUCGUGGUGAACCCGCCCAUGUUCAACUGGACGUACGAAGGCAAACCUGAUCAGUUUGUUUACCAGCCGUCGCUCCUGAACGCCCCCGAUUUACCCUCAUGGAUAAACUAUAUUUUCAGCAGGGAGCACCACUGCGGGUUUUUAUUUGGGGUGCCACCCAAUGAAAACAAUGCCAAAAUCCAGCUUGAAGUGAUAGCUUUGAAUCGAAAAAAUUAUGAAACGAGGCACGAACACAUCAAUAUACACGUGUCCGAGAAGCUCAACCCCGCUAAAUAUCAAGUACACAUCAAAAUCGACAAUUUGGAUGUGGAUAAUAUGUUUGAAGUGGAACGUAUGGAGAGUUUGAAGGAUAUAUUUAGGAAAGUGUUGUGGAAGGAUAGUCAGAGUGAUCUCUAUGUGACUUUUUUGUCGUCGGCGAUCACUUUAGGGGCGCGGAAGCCGCUUAAUCCGUCAGAAGGAGAAGGAGUUGUUUUAAGAUUAGGUAGUCAGGCGCCGUUUUCGUCUGAACUAACUGAGCUACAGGAGGAAGUCAGACCCUUGUGGAAGACUUAUCCAUGUCCUAGAGACUUCAAACGAACGAAAGUGGAGAGACUGUUCAGAAAUUCUGGGUUUCACAUGGAUUGGUGUUCAUUCAGACUGGUAGACGAUAAUAACUCGUUACACCAAGCAGGAACCAAUGAGAAGCUUCUAAAUUCGGUUGAAAAUGACUAUGAAGACAAGUGGGAAACGGUUAUGAAGAGUGAAGUGCCCCAAAGAAGCUACCUUCACGAGUUUCUUUUCACAAUAUUGGUACCCAUGUUUGUCAUGAUCUUAUUGGCUUUGGUUCUUUCCAUAAUACUGUGCUUCCACCACGAGGGAAUAAAAGAUCCAGAAAGCGAGGUGUUUUUCUAUAACUUAUAUCACAUUUGUAUCGAUUAUUACAGAUCUAAACGCCUGGAGGACGCCCCCUCCACUGAAAUCAACCAAUACGCUACGAUUCAUCGGGCCACUCAGUCUCUGCGGAGCUUGUCGAACAACCGGGAAAUGACGUUAUCGCCCGACCCCAUGCUACUGUCCAGGAGUCACACUAACAGCCCUCAGUCCACGAUAAAUCGUGGCGUGCACUGCCGACCUAACCCCCCUCCAUACGUGCGGCCGAAAUUCAAACCGGACUUGUGACAGGAGAAAGAAAGAACUUGGUAUUGUUGAAGAAAAACCACUGAUUAGUAGCGACUGGCUGUAGGAUUAGAAAAACAAGUGCGAUCAACAGAUCUUUAAUGAGGAAAUCUAACAGUCAUAAAAUAUAAAUAGAUCUAUUGCUCUAUUAGAA